GUAUCACGGCACCCUGGAACGCUUUCAUGUCAAGCGUUGAAUACAACUUUUUUGAUUGGUCGGUCAGUAAGGUCACGUGACCGUGGACUUACAAUAUCUUUAGGAUAAAAUCAAGCGAUCUCACUGAUCUCAGCUAUUCUACAAUUUGUUAUCAGACUGCUAUUUGUACUGUGCUUCGAGAUCUUAUCCACUAUUAUUAAUUACGCUGACUGACAAAAUGGCUAAUGAUUGUUGCAGAAGACUCCAAUGGUAUGAGCUGUAUUCCACAACAUUUCGAGAUGACAUCGAAGAAGGUGGAAACAAACUGCCGUAUCUGUCAAGAGAAGACCUUCUCCAAACAGAAAUGGAUGCAGACCUCAGAAUCCGAUUUCCAUGUUCAUCAAGUGGGUCCACGUGGUUGGAGGAUGAGUCAGAUUCGCAGCAUUCUGGUGAUGUCAGCUUUGGUGUUACUACGUUCAGCGGCAUCCUCGAUGAUGACGACUCUGUGAUGUGUGGAGACAUCAGUGUUGAUGAGCUGUUAGCUGAGUUUGGAAUGGGCCGACUUUGUGUAUCACUUCUUUCGGACGCGGCCGCAUCAUCGUGUACAACAGAGGAUGAUCUUGAUCAGAGCAUGGACUACGAUGAAGUAUUUAGCUACGAUUUCUUAGCUCCUCUCAGCUUUGACGAAUCACCAACCUGCGGAUCCUCAACACCCAUAACUCGGCCACAAUCACAGGUUGCCAAGCACCAGACUCUACACAAGCUGUCAACAUACCAGAAAGUAUUACUACUUGAGAAUAGGCCUAAUUGACAGCUGUUGUCACAGCACAGAUCAACGAAUAUGAUAUUUAUCUGUAUAUUUUUCUAUCAUAUAUGGCUAGGCCUGAAUUUUAUCUAUUUUUACUACUUUACUGUGUACAUAUUUUAAGAUUGGGACGGAUAGCAAUA